AUGGCUGAAGCGGGAGGAAAGAAGUUCAGUAGAAGUUAUGUGCAAUGGACUCCUAAGAUGGACAGUGCAUUGUUGGACGUGUUUGUUGAGCAUCACAACAAUGGUGAUCAUGCCCAAAAUGGAUGGAAGCCACAUGUGUACCAUAACGCCAUUAAAGCUGUACGUGAGAAGUGUGGAGUGGAUGUCACGAAGGAGAAAAUUGUAUCAAGGUGCAAAACUUUUGACAAGGAUUAUGAGAUUCUUAGCAAAAUUCUUGCUCAAAGUGGAUUUGGUUGGGAUUGGGAAAAUAAGGUGCUGCUUAUGGAUAGUGAUGAGGUGUGGGACAAAUAUGUGGAGGCUAAUGAAAAAGCAGCUAUAUACAAGAACAAAGUUAUCCACAACUGGCAUGAGAUUUGUAUCGUAUACUCAAAAGACAAGGCCAAUGGUGAGGGUGCUAUGACUGGUAAUGAGACCGAGGUUGAUGCAACAGCACAAGAAAAUGAUAUGUCUCCAGGUAUUGUUGAGCCAGCACCAAAGAGGCAGCGUGCUAGUGAAGCACUGUUGUGCAUGGUUGGAGAGAUGAAGACAUCAUUCAAUGAUGCCUUGAAGACAACCCAACCAUUAACAAUUCCUCAGGGUCCUCCUACUAGUGAGAUGCUGCACUUAAUAUGA